AUGCGGCACGCGUUUUCCUCCACCUCAUUCGGAGUGAAGAUGUUCAUUCGUUUUGAAACUUGUGGAUUUUUGGACUGUCCGGACUCUCUCCUCCUCCAGGGCUCCCUCUCAGACUACCUGAAGGGAAACGUCGUCAGCUGGGCGGAGUUGUGUCACAUUGCUGAGACGAUGGCGUGCGGCUUGGCGUACCUCCAUGACGAUAUCCCCUCAUACAAAGGGGAGGGGCAAAAACCCGCCAUCGCUCACAGGGAUUUUAAGAGCAAGAACAUCUUGUUGCGUUCGGACCUGACGGCGGUCAUCGGUGACUUUGGUCUGGCUGUAUGCUUUGAACUGGGGAAGCCGCCCAGAGAGACGCACGGACAGGUGGGGACGUGGCGGUACAUGGCUCCUGAGGUUCUAGAAGGAGCCAUCAACUUCCAGCGUGAUGCAUUCCUGCGGAUCGACAUGUACGCGGCGGGAUUGGUGCUGUGGGAGCUGGUGUCCCGCUGCAAGGCUGUGGACGGUCCAGUGGAUGAGUACAUGCUGCCGUUUGAGGAGGAGGUGGGCCAGCAUCCCUCACUGGAGGACCUCCAGGAAGUCGUUGUCCACAAGAAGAUGAGACCCACCUUCAAAGACCUCUGGCUUAAACACAGUGGUUUGGUUCAGGUCUGUGAGACGGUGGAGGAGUCCUGGGAUCACGACGCCGAGGCCCGCCUCUCCGCCAGCUGCGUGGAGGAGAGAAUCUCGCAGAUCCGCUGCCUCGCCAUCGUACCUCCUACCUCUGAUCACUGCCAUGCCCUGCUGGUCUCCACGGUGACACCUGUUCCCAUGGUAACCAAUGUGGACCUGCCGCCCAAAGAGUCCAAUAUAUGAGGGGACGGUCGUGCGUCCCAGCUGCUGUUUCGUCUUUUUAACGUUGUUUUCCGUUGUUCUUGGGACAGACUGUGACCAGCAGAGGUCCUCGUUCUUCAUUUGUACAUUGAAGCCGGUGUGAGACGUGCAAACAUGUGACUUCUUGCACUUACUGUCUUUGCGUUCUCGGAAAUGAUGG